AAUGUAUUGUCUGGAGCAGGAUAAGGUUUGGUGAUCUUUUAUACAACGGGGUGCAUGAAUCAAUUCAAUUCCGAGUUCGAAGAUGAAGGCCAAAUAGUUCAUAAAGUACGUGUCUCAAAAAUAUAUUUUUAGUAUGUUUAGGGUGUUGGCUUUUGACUUCAGAGAAGAUCACCACGUUAGAAUGUAUUGACAAAUGCAUUGUGAAAUGAACAUUUUGAAUGAACUCUGAAAGAAACUCGAAUAUGCCUCCUUGAGAACAACAACCAAAAUCUUCGAUCACCGAGUUUGACAAUAACAAUGGAUUGUUAUUAAACUACAAUACUGGAUAGUACUGGAACAUUCGAUGUCAAAAUGGAAGGACAUUAUUUUGUGUCUCUUCUGAUUAUGUUGGAAAUUUUAUCGACAGCAGUUGAUGCUUUUUGUGAUGCGCCCUCCCCAGUAGCAGCCACUCGUCACAACGGCACUCUAGCAGUUUAUAAGACCGGAGAUACCCUCUACUUCACCUGUGACACUGGCUAUUCCACAAACUAUGACCCACCUUCGUCAGCUUGUCUAGCCAAUGGCAUUUGGAAUCCAUCCGAUUUAGCUUGCGAACUAAAUACAUUAUCACUUAUCAUCUCCAUUAUAGUAGCCGUCAUUACCCUCUUCGUUUUCGUGGUUAUAGUCAUAUGUAUCUUCAGAAGAAAGCGACGCCAAACGCAUGCUUCAUCUCCGAAGAUAAUCAGGAGAAGUCCAAAGUUUCCGGAAUAUCCACCUGAAAACUUCGAAAUGUCCAGGCCAGGAUCGUUAUACGACUCCAUCAAGAUUAACGUAGAUAAGAACGCUAUUAAUGGCGCCAUCGCCGGUAUGGAUGGGAUCAGUGAACAGUCUGACGGUUUGGACAAUCCCAUACAUACAGACAAUGGAGGAAUUGACAUCAUAGAUGCCGAUGGCCUUAAUAUGACAAGGGCACGCGUAGCUGACAGGAGUCGGUCACGUGAUCAUGAAUACACGAAUCACACCCAGAGCGAGGUGCAGUCCACGUGAAAAUACAGCCUUCAAAGAAACUCUAUAAAUGAGUGUUAAGAAAAAAACUUGCUGGAAUGUUGAUGUAAUGAGGGACACGCAAUAAAUUGCAUAUUUGCAAAUGAAAUCCGAAGCGGUGUUCUUUUGGGACAAGAUAGCUUGUGCGAAAACAGAAAAAUCAAAGAAACAGAAAGUUUGAGAACAAUCAGACAAAUGGUGAGAAAGUUAUGAGCAUUUGAA